AUGUCUGUGAUCCAGCCUCUCCCCAGAACCACUGCUUUAGAGUUCAGAAGUGGCGUUGUGGUGACAGGUCUCACUCUCUCUCUCUUCGUCCUCUGCGGCUCUGAGCAGACUGACGUCCUCUCGCACCAUCUGCAGAGGAGCCUGCGGUACCUAGAACGUCAGAUCAGCCCAGAGGUCGUCAAGAGCCUGGCCAGCGACACGGGGGACCCCGAUAUCGAUGCCCAGCUGAGCCGGUUGUGUGAACAGGACAAAGUGGUGAAGACUCAGGAGGAGAAGCUUCAGCAGCUGCACAGAGAGAAGCACACGCUGGAGACCGCGCUCCUGUCGGCCUGUCAGGAGCUGAGCCAGGGGCGGAGUCAGGGGCGGAGUCAGGAGCUUAGCGAGACCCUCCCCUCGCAGAGCGCACAGAGCCUUCUGCAGCAGAGGGACGUCCUGCAGGGGGGGCUACUGAGCACCUGCAGAGAGCUCAACAGAGUAACAGCGGAGCUGCAACUCUCUAAACAGGAGUUCCUGCGACUGGAGCGGGACGUGGACCAGGCCAAGUCCAGGCUCCUGCAGCAGCUGGAGGCCCUGGGGAGUCCACAGACGGAGCCUCCCAGUCAGAGACACAUCCAGAUCCAGAAGGAGCUGUGGAGGAUCCAGGACGUGAUGGAGGCUCUGGCCAAGAACAAGCCCCACAGUGACGACGGGCCGCCGUUCCCCAGCUCCAAGCCCCUCUCCAGCAUUUCCAAAAACGAGGGACCGGACUACAGACUGUACAAGAGCGAGCCUGAGCUGACCACGGUUAAGGAGGAGGAGUCUGACGAGCCGCACCAAGAGGACCGCGGGGCCCCAGAGCGCGGGGCCCCUGAUCGCGGGGCCCCAGAGCGCAAAGAAGUCCCCGUCAGUAAAGUCGGCCCCUGUCCCGUGGGCAUCGUCCCCCCCAGAACCAAGAGCAGCCUCAGUGAGACCAGCUCCAUCCCGUCAUACGUCACUCUGAGGAAGGGCAAGAAGCCGGAGCCCAGAGCGGAGCGGCCCCACAGUGCUCUGGAGCAGGCGGGGGGCCGCACACGCAUGAGCGUGGAGGAGCAGCUGGAGAGGAUCCGGAGGAACCAGGAGGCGUGCACUCUGAGGAGGACCAGGCUGUCGCGCUCCUCCUCCUUCACCCGCGAGCAGAGCCCCUCAGCGGGCCCCUCAGCGGGCCCCCAGCAGGUGGGAUCACAGUGUGCUGACCCCUGUGGGCUGGAGGCGGCACUGCAGCGUAUGAAGGACAUGAGUGCGUCUCUGUCUGACGGAGGGGCCUCAGCGCAGAAGGUGGAAGACCGGGACUGCUCCAGGACUCGAGUCGAGGACCGGGACUGCUCCAGGACUCAGGUCGAGGACCGGGACUGCUCCAGGACUGAGGCUGAGAAACUCAGAGACAGCGAGGAGACAGAGGAGUGCGAACGGCAGACGGCGGUGAUCUUGGACCUGCCUCAGACCCAGAAAGUGGUGGACCUGCCUCAGACCCAGAAGGUGGUGGACCUGCCUCAGACCCUGGACCUGCCUCAGACCCAGAAGGUGGUGGACCUGCCUCAGACCCUGGGCCUACCUCAGACCCUGGACCUGCCUCAGACCCUGGACCUGCCUCAGACCCUGGACCUGCCUCAGACCCUGGACCUGCCUCAGACCCUGGACCUGCCUCAGGCCCUGAAGGUGGUGGAGCUGCAGCCGUUUGAAGACCUCAGCUCGGCCACCUCUCCUUCAGACCACAGUUUGCAGACGCCGGAGCCAGACUGGAGUCCAGAGGUGAAGGCCGAAGACCUGCACCUCAACAACAACCACAUGCCUGCACAGACCCUGGCCUUGCUGAGUGGCGACACAUGA